UGGAGGACGGCCACGGCGCCGGAGGAUCCGCGCACUGAACCGGCCGCCAGUCCCCGCGGUGGAACUUUUUACCGCCUUUGGGUUCCAGAUUCGAGACUUAGGCUGUUUAUAAAUAUAUCUAUACAUAUGUGUGAUCUAAUAAAACAUUUUCUCCUCUCCUUGAAGCAGCAGCUUUUUAUGACAUCUGCUUUAUGUCAGAAACACUUGCCUGGCUUCUUUGGGUUAUAAACUUUUGAUGCCAGACCUCUGCAGAACGUGCCCAACUGAAUCUUAAAGUAGCAUCUUGAAGAGAGAGGCAGAGAAAGAGCAAUCUGUGACCUUCAUCCCUGCACCUUCCUUCUUCCUCUCCCUUCCAGGCUGCCUCCCUCCUCUCCAGGGGAGCGUCAAGAAAGCUCUUUUUGGAUGCAGGAGGGGCAUCUGGUUCUGCCAGGCUGGAAAGCUGAGGCAGGAUUUGAGGACGAAUCAUUAGACUCCGGAGAGCCUGGACUCGUUUCUUCUCCUUCUCUCUCUCUGCCCCUGGCUUACUCCAUCCCUUCCUCUCUCCCACACCACUUCCUGAGACCCGCUGGUGUGUGGGGCAGGGGACAAGGACCGUGCCGCUGCCGGCGUUCUGGGAAGUUGUGGCUGUCGAGGAUGGGGGUCUGUGGGUACCUCCUCCUGCCCUGGAAGUGCCUCGUGGUCGUGUCUCUCAGGCUGCUGUUCCUUGUACCCACAGGAGUGCCCGUGCGCAGCGGAGAUGCCACCUUCCCCAAAGCUAUGGACAACGUGACGGUCCGGCAGGGGGAGAGCGCCACCCUCAGGUGUACCAUAGAUGACCGAGUCACGCGAGUAGCCUGGCUAAACCGCAGCACCAUCCUCUACGCUGGGAAUGACAAGUGGUCCAUAGACCCACGUGUAAUUAUCCUGGUCAACACACCAACCCAAUACAGCAUCAUGAUCCAGAACGUGGACGUGUAUGACGAGGGCCCGUAUACCUGCUCUGUGCAGACGGACAACCACCCCAAGACCUCCAGGGUCCACCUUAUUGUGCAAGUUCCUCCCCAGAUCAUGAAUAUCUCCUCAGACAUCACUGUGAAUGAGGGAAGCAGCGUGACCCUGCUGUGUCUUGCUAUUGGCAGACCAGAGCCGACUGUAACAUGGAGACACCUGUCUGUCAAGGAAGGCCAGGGCUUUGUGAGUGAGGAUGAAUACCUGGAAAUCUCUGACAUCAAACGUGACCAGUCUGGGGAGUAUGAAUGCAGCGCCUUGAAUGAUGUUGCUGCACCUGAUGUGAGGAAAGUCAAAAUCACUGUUAACUACCCUCCCUAUAUCUCAAAAGCCAAGAACACUGGUGUCUCAGUUGGUCAGAAGGGCAUCUUGAGCUGUGAAGCCUCUGCGGUGCCUACAGCUGAAUUCCAGUGGUUCAAAGAAGAUACCAGGCUAGCAACAGGCCUGGACGGCGUGAGGAUUGAGAACAAAGGUCGCAUAUCCACUCUGACCUUCUUCAAUGUUUCAGAAAAGGAUUAUGGGAACUAUACUUGUGUGGCCACAAACAAGCUUGGGAACACCAACGCCAGCAUCACACUGUAUGAAAUAAGCCCCUCAUCAGCAGUGGCAGGGCCUGGAGCAGUCAUUGAUGGUGUAAACUCGGCCUCUAGAGCACUGGCUUGUCUCUGGCUAUCAGGGACCCUCUUUGUCCACUUCUUCAUCAAGUUUUGAUAAGAAAACAUAGGUUCUCACAGCAACGCCUGCUUCUCCAUAUCACAGACUUUAAUCCACACUGCGGAGGGCAAAACAGUUUGGGCUUCUUUUUGUUUGUUUGUUUCUGUUAUUCUUCUUGAUUUUUUUUUUAUUUUUUAUUUUUUUUGGGGGGGGGUUUGUUUUCUUUUCUUUGACUUUUAUUUUCCAGGUUAAAUGCGUGGGGACGGGGGAGGGGUGGACAGGGUUCUACUGUGUGUAGGAUAAUCAUUCAUUGGUGUGUCCAAAAGUGUUCCUGCUACCUGGCCCUCCCGUGUCCUCUGCUUCCCUCCCCGUCAUCACCCCCACCGAUCUCUCCUCCCCACCGCACUAAAACGUAAGCUCCAUUUGGGCAAAAGAAUGUGCCUCAUGAUGAACACCCUAAAGACACAACUUGACUUAUAAUGCAGUGCACAGCAAGAGUUAUAUCCAAGUGUCCUAUUAUCUGUGUCUUUGAAGCUUUGACACAUUUUCCUGAUUACAAUGUACAUAUCCCUGUCUCCAUGUUUAUUAUUAUCUAAUUGGAUUGGAGUUCACAUCCUUUCUUUCUGGGACGUUAUCUCACGAUAUACAUAAUUUUGCCAUUUUCUCUAGCUACUCUAUCCUGUUUGUGUUCCUCACCAGCUGCAGAGAUUAGAGGUUUGGGGCUGUUCACACAACCCAACACUAAAAAUUUAGAAGUCAAAUGACCAAAAUGGGGGAGGCAUUUUGAGAAUAGUAAUUCUCUUUCAAAAUGCUGUCCAACUCAUAAAAAAUGAUUCCUAGAUGGCUGAUUAUUUGGGUUUUAUCAAGCUAUUUAUCAAAGUAAUCAUACAGUUAUCCAUCUACUCAAUUGUCUGAUUUAUCUCUCCAUUCAAUUAUCUACCCACACAUCUUCCUCUCUAGCAAUCUAUUUACUCUACUUAUCAAUCUAUCAAUGUAAUUAUCUAACACUUUUCUUCUAUUUCUUUUCCCACCACUCACUAUCAAUUCAUCACCAUAUUAAUGUCUAAUUAUAUUGUGUCUACUCUAUUGUAUUCAUUUCUCCUCUACCUUCAGCAGACAUUGGCAUCUUCAAAAUUAUCUAUCAGCUUCUCAAAUGAAAGCCAGUGAGCUCACAGGCUAACAACAUAGAAAAGCAAUAUGUCAUGGACUCUUUGGAACGUGGUAUCCCAUCUACCCAAAGUAGACGCCCGUUAGCAGAUGGACCAAAGUAGCAAUGUAAUGAUCAGUCACUCACUAUUCCCAGAAGAGACUGUGUUUUCUAAAACUUCUUCUUGGGAAGCAGAUCAGCCCUGGGAAAGCCUUGAUUAGUACUGUUUUGGGGGUUUUUGUUAUUGUUGCUGUGUUUUUUUGUUUGUUUGGUUUGAUUCAGUUUUCUGUUUUUCUUUCACACUUGAAGGACUAAGGUGCCAACUUUCAUGCUUCUCUCAGCCUUUCAAGAAAGUGUAUGUCAGGAACCUGUGGGACUUACUCCAUUGCUGGCUUCUCUUAAUAGCAAGAUGGUAAACAAAAGAAAUAAAAACAAAACAAAACAAAACACACACACACACACACACACACACACACACAUCUUUCUGUGUAAUGUGAAGAAAGCAGUCCAUCAGUCUGAGUCUGAUGAUUUCAGCUAUUGUCUCCUCUUUGCUCCAGUUUUAGUUUAAUCUGUUUGAAAACUAUCCAGUAGAAAGCUGAUGACACCAAUUACAUGGCAGGUGUGUUGACAACUCUGGUAUUUGUUUCAGGAAACUCUUCUGAGCUGAGGGCACUUGAGCAACUGACUUAAUUUCUAAGCACUUGAUUAAUACAACACUGCAAACAGAAGGGGGAAAGUGUAAGUGACACACAAUCUCCUCUGAUACAGGCUGCCUCUCAACUGGCUUUGGGGAAGAAUUCCCUCAGCUCUCCAUGUUCAAGCAGAUCCCGCAUAUAAACAAGAGCUGACCUGACAUUUCUUCAUUAUCGCCUGGGACAAGAUGGACUCCUCCAGCAAAGGUGCCUAUGAUCCAAAAGAAUUGCAUUGAAAACCACACAAGUUUGUGCACCUCUUGACCUGUGCUGCAAGAACUGACCUAUUGACAGGAUGAGAAAGAAGCAUCAACAAUGACUAUCUCACAGACAUGCCCUGCCUCAAUUGGAAAACUCUUUCAGGUCCAAACUAAAAAAUAAUUAAAUGUUACAUAUAUAUAUAUAUAUAUAUAUAUAUAUAUAUAUAUAUAUAUAUAU